AGCGACAUGUGCCUGUGUGAAAAAAUAUAUAUCUCGUGUUAGCAUAACUGUAACUCCGGUCAUGGGGAUAAAUAAAAUAUAUCAGGUUAUUUUUCUUGGAUUAUUAUGUGUGAUAUUUUUCUCCCAUUUCGUGGAUGGACGUGGUAUUUUACGAAAAAGACGGAGCCGAAAACCAAAAAUAGAAAUGUCUAUGCUUGUGAGAAAACAAGAACUUCUUCAACGUCAGAGAAACCAGCAUGUCAAUAUUGAGAGACGACCUUGUCCAGGUACAGGCUGUGAUGUCAAGCCGGAACAGACAACACAUCGUCAUCGACACAAACAUGGCUAUAGAAAUAUGAAACAGAAAACUGAUGACAAGAAAGAUAAACACGAAUUUACGACUAAGACUGGAGGGUUGUCAAUCGAACAGACAAGAAACACGAUGGCGGCUGAUGACGCAUCUGCUGCUGUUUUCGACCACGACAACCAGGCGUCGUACGACCAGUAUGGGGCGGGGUUCGGGCGGGCGUUUCCACGACUACAGAGGCCGCCGGCAGCUGACCGCCUGGAAAGACGUCUCCACCCUAGUAUCAGAGCAUCAGCCCGGGAUCUCCUCAACUCCAUGGACAGAGUGUUACGUGCUAUGAAUCAACACUUACAGAAGCUCCACAGUUCGUACGACUUCGUGUUCAACAGCACGCGGUACGUCAUGAUGAUGGGUGCGCGGGAAGGCCUACACCAAAUAGCCAAAGCCAACCAUGAAAUUCUCGAUGUGGUGCUCGACACCCACCUGCUGACUAAAUAUAUCUACAUGCGAGCCCACCUGCACGACCUGACCGGUCCCACCACCCAGAGCCUGGACCGCCCCCACUUCGUCAGUCUCAGGGUCCAGCUGGGGGCGGCCACAGAGGAAGAACGACAGGCCGACCGCCAGGAGCGGAACAUGUUCAAUCUCAAGAUGCAGUGUGACCGUGUAAACGCGCGCCGAGAGCAGGUUGCUGAGCGCAUGUCGGAGUACUCUGACAGGGGGGUGUUCUACGACCUGAUGCGCCAUAUCAACAGGACAUCACAAACCCUCUUGCAGUUUGACGAGUCGGUCGUCUUCAAAAGGUUGGCCCGGUAUAAGGGACUGGAGCGCCUCCACGACAUCCUGGUGACCGCGCAGACCCAGGUCAGAGUGGCUAAACACAGUCUACGACAGGCCGCCAACAACUUCAGAGGAAGUAAUUUGGUGUAUAUCGACUGGAAGAUACGUAAAGAGGGAACACACGGCAUCGCCCCCGUGUCCCUUACCGACAACAGACAACCACCCCCUAGAGAAAGGGGUCAGUCCUCCAGGCUUACUGACACUGACAUUGCAAGACGAAAGGCAAUUCGGAACAGAGUCCGGAAUCACAUCUCACAAGUAAAGAGCGCAACUCAAGACAUUAAAAGAACGUUUCCGUCAUUAAUAGCCACGUCUAAACGUAUUGUUAGUCAAGGUGGCAGAGGAAAGUCUGGUUUAGGCCUUCUAGAAAUAAAACUACGGGAAUACAUCCAGAACAUCAACAUGGCUUUGGACCGAAUUCGACUAGCCAUUGACGAUGAGACUGAACUGAGACAGCGCUGCGAGGAGCUUGACGUAGGGUCGGGAGACUCGGGAGAAAGUCCCAUAGACUGCGACACUUUGAUAGAGGAGGGCAGUGGCAGUGAUAGCAAGACGGACGGAGACAAAACGAUCAUUUCGAACCCUGAUACAGACUUUGAGUUCGUUGGCGAAACAAUUGUUGAUAAGAAGAAGAUUUCAUCAUCGGCAAGACUAGCUGAUAAAAUUGAUGCACACACACAAAAUCUUCUUGCGAAGAGCAAAGAGAGCGUCUCACGAGCUAAUGAUGUCGCGAAGAUUGUCAAAGACCAGACCUCCGUGGUGGCGACUAUACGGAAGAACAUUAACGCCGUUAACGACUACAUCGUUGUUGCCAAGAACUUCACGUCGAACUACGGCCAGCCUCUUAGUGACGCCCAGACGAUGGACUCCAGGGUUCGUUCUAUAGCGGAGAAAAUCCGGACACUGUCUAACGUAACGCGCAUACGGACAGCGGAGGCUGUACUGAAGGCUCAGAAAAAGCUGGAUGAGGUUAGAGGUGGAGGAGGUUCUAAGCCAGCAGGCACGGGCAAUGGAAAGGGCGUUGACGAAGGAAGGGCAACAAUCACACAGGCUAUCGAGCUAACGACUAAAGCCAAGAAGAACAUUGGUUCGAUCGUGUCACUGAAGAGAGGCUCGCCCAUGACGUGUGGCAGUGUGAAGCAGAGGGUGAUAGAAAUCCGCUCCAACAUCUCGGAGUUAAGACGCAAAGUGGAAAAAGCACGACUGGUACUCUCAACUCUUCAGGUUUCCAUAUCGAAAACAGAAGCAGGUUAUAUACCAGUUCCAAUGAAGUCCGUCGAUGACACGCCCUCUGUUGUGACGUCAAUGGAAGUGUGCGUCAAACCACAGACAAUGUAUGGAGUUAUUCUCGUUCUCGUGGGAAACAAUUCGCAAUCACACGUGCUUAGUCUGUAUGACGGAUAUGUGUAUUCUUAUGUAUAUGAUGCUGGAGGAUAUGAACAGGGGAAUAUAAAAAGUACUGAGAAAUUAGCCAUCAAUACUUGGUAUUCUAUCAUUAUGAAAAGAAUAGGACACGCCGUGACACUGAGUGUCAUAUCCGAAGACGGACAGACGACAGACACAACAGAAGCUGAAUGGAACACAGUGAAAUACCUUGAACCACCACCAGCCGCUAUCUUUCUAGGUGGCUGGCCAGACACCGUACCUAUGUCACAGAACAUGUACGUGUGGAAAGGCUGUGUGGGUGGGGUCAGAAUCAACGGUCAGUCUUUGGGACUGCUGCAGAAAGGAAGUGACGGGAAGACACCGAGACCGUGUAACUCCAGCUGUUCUCCAGCUCCUGCGACACAAUCUAUGGUGUUUGAAGGGAAUGGGUUCCUACAUUUCCCUUCAAGUGUAUUAACGUUCAGACCAACACUGACGGUGUUAUUCGAGUUUCAAACCCACCAGGCAAACACCUUCCUGAUGAGUUUCAAUGAAGAACAGCAGCGGUUCUUGUCAACUAUUAGACUGGAAGCAGGAACUAUUGUCAUAGAAAUGCCAUCAAGUGGAAUCAUUCUACGAAGCAAGAAGAACACUUAUAACAAUGGAAUAUUUCAUAAAUUAACAAUUACAUACACCAACAGAGCACCACGGGCAGACGUUAAUGGCGUCGAGACGUUUUCCACAGAGAGGGUGCAGCCGCGGAAAACUCAGAACGAGGCUGACGGUAUAUUUGUUGGCGGGAAAGCGUCUGACGCUUCAUUCAAGCAGAACAAGGACCAGAGGUGGCUCAUGGGAUGUGUCCAGACUCUACAACUGAACGGAAACCCGCUGUUGAUGUCUGACGUCGUAACAUCAACGGGCGUCUAUCUGGGAAGUUGUAAUUCUAAUUCUAUCUGGAGAGAUUGUGUGGAGUUCAUGGACGGAAGUGAAGCGUUGUCAUUUGAAGACGAGGCUGACGGAAGUACCAUUCUGCUUUCUGUAUCCAGGACUGGGCGUGGUUUACUUGUCAAUUAUCAAAAAGAAGAGAAAUUUAACAUUGAAAUAGAAGCAACAAAUGGAAGCAUAGAAAUUUCUGAGAGCAUUAAAAACAAGAAAGGAUCCUUAAAAAUUCCAGGCGACUUUUCUGGUCAUUUUAUUUUUUUAACGAUCAAAGAUAGUAGCAGUGCAGUCUCGGUGUCAGCGAUGGGCAACAUGGUGGAUUUAUCCUAUGGUGGAGGAGGAGGUUGGUUGUUUGUUGACACCACCAAGGACAAUUUACCGCAUUCCAUCACAGUAGGUGGCGGCGGUGAUGACGAGGGGUCGAGGCAGUUUUAUGGAGGCAUUAGUCAGCUUAUGAUCGGAAAAAAGUAUAUAGAUUUACAGGAACACAUUUCAUCCAACAAGUUAUCCUCGUGUUCGAGACAAAUUCAGUCCAUGAAGAAACCUGCUACGGAUGAACUUAUUGUGCCAUGCUAGUGUGAAUGUCGAUAAUAACUGAGUACACUGAAAGCAUUUGAAGACCGUUUACACAUCUCGACAGGAACACAAAACUGAGUGGAAUGAUUAAUUGCUCCCUAACUUAGAUUAUGGGGAGCCUUUUAAAAUAUUACCAUAUUGAUAUCAAUAUAAAUUCACAUGAUAAGGGGAGCUAAAAAGGCUCUCCGUGAACUAGUUUAAGGGGGUGCUGGGUAGCGAUGGUGAUAGCGAGGUCAGAGGUUAUAGCUCAUACCAAUGGUAAAUUUAUGUUGGAUGUAGUCAUAUCUUUGAAGAUACGAAUUCGAAACAAGUGCUCUACCAACUGAUCUAAACGGAACAUCAGCACCAUCUAUUGUACGUAGGAUCACUGUGUUCCAACACUACUGCUUGACACAUUAUCCCCAUUCUAUUUCAGACAUGGUAUACGUCUGGUUUGGUUGUGAAUAUUUUAUUUCAGCCCAUCCCACAAAUAUCUAACGAACCGUCGCAACAUCAGCAUGUAACUAGAACGUUUAAUUGCUUUAACUUGUACAGGAAUUGAUAUCAUAUGCUCGUUUACUUAAAAUAAAUUAACAGAAGUAGAAUUAUGUGUUUAUUGAUCCCAUUAAGACAAUUGACCUUUGUUGACGCUAAUAAACAGUAACAUCUGGAGCCCCAAGUUUGGACUGUGUUGUUUUAAUCUGUAGUAUAGCUAGCAGGAAAUUAAAGAGGCAAUUCCCACAGCCAUCUCCCCUCCCGAGUAUGAUUGACGGACUUUAGACCGAAUACUUCUAUCUCUGUAAAGCUACAUUUCUUAUGUUAUAUUUAUGUUUUAAUAAACAUAUAAUUUAUAAAUAUAUAUAUAUUUUUUUUUUUUUAAUAUAAAAUAGACAAAUAAAUAAAAAAUAAAUAUAAAAUAUGAAAUAUGAAAUAUGAAAUAUGAAAUAUUUUAUAUAUUUACUUUUUAAUAAAUAUAAAGUAGACCAAACAAAUUAAAUAUGAAAUAUUCGGUCUAGAGGGACUUGAACUGGAGCGUGUGUAAACAUAAUGAUUAAUAUUGACAACGAAAGCCCCUAUCUACUUAGUGAGAUAGAAAAUACUUCCGUUAUGAUUUUAAUUUUAAUUUUUAUAAAUUGUUGUUGCUUUUUGAUUGUUGUUGUCUUCUGAUACAUUUUAAUCAGCUUUUUAAAAAUCUCUUCUUUACCUCUGAAGGUCAAACCGAGGUCAUGCAUUUUUAAUUUGUUUUUGAUGUGCCAUUGUGAAUUUCAUUGUCUGUUGAUUUAAAUGUUUUGAAGUACAUGUCCGUAUUUUAAUUUUGGAAGAACGGGACCUGGCUAAUAUCUAAUAUGUGAAAGUUAAAUUAUGUUAAAAAAAAAAGAAAAAAAAAAAAGGGACAGGUGCCAACUGCCAGUCAUGCAGUGUCAUAGCUGUCAGUAUAAUGUGUUAUAUAUGUUCAUAUUUAUUAUUAAUAUUUUUUUUUUUUUUUUUUUAUUUCGUUAACACGUCAGUUUUGCUUGCUUGUCAUAAUGAAAUUAACAUCAAACUAUGUCUGUAAUCCACUUUUGGUUUAUAAAAUCUUAACAUUGUUAUUUAUGUGUUUUUUUCUGUGUGAAUUUGUGAAAGCAUAUAUUAUCUUACAUAUAAUAAAUAUGCCUAAAGUA